AACACGCCCGAUUUGCCCCCAACCCCAAUCAAGAGAGAGAAAGAAGAGAGAGAGAGGUGGGGAAGGUAGGCUGACAAAAUCGAAGACGACAAGGCCGUCUCAUCUGCUAGUGUAGCUAACGAAGCGUGAAAGAUAGAUAAGACCUUAAAACCCUUUUCUUCGUAUUUUGUAAUCUACGCUUUUAUUUUGGACUGUUUUGGGCGAGAAAGACGGAGUUCCGAUAAGGUAGCAACUAUAUAUGGCGUCUCAAUUGAUCCGAGAAUGGACUGGUAUUCAGCAAUUCCCUGCGGCAACCCAGACCAAACUGCUUGAAAUGUUGGGAAAACUAAAGCAGGAGGAUGUGAAUACCUUGACAAUCCUUGUAAUGGGGAAAGGCGGUGUUGGAAAAUCUUCGACCGUGAACUCUAUCAUAGGGGAAAGAGCAGUUGCUGUCAGUGCUUUUCAGUCGGAAGGACCAAGACCAGUGAUGGUUUCACGCUCAAGGGCAGGAUUUACAUUGAACAUCAUUGACACUCCGGGGCUUGUUGAAGGAGGAUAUGUCAAUGACCAGGCACUUGAGAUCAUAAAGAGGUUCCUUUUGAACAAGACCAUAGAUGUUUUGGUCUAUGUGGAUCGCCUGGAUGUGUAUAGGGUGGAUAACUUGGAUAGGCAGGUUGUGAAAGCUAUUACUGAUAGUUUUGGUAAAGAAAUAUGGCGUAGAGGAUUGGUUGUCCUCACUCAUGCUCAGCUCUCACCGCCCGAUGGAUUGAGUUAUGAUGAUUUCUUUUCUAGAAGAUCGGAGGCUGUAUUAAAAGUUGUUCGUCUGGGAGCUCGGAUAAAGAAACAAGAUAUCCAGGGUUCUUCUGUCCCUGUAGUUUUGGUUGAGAACAGUGGGAGGUGUAAUAAGAAUGAUAGUGAUGAAAAGAUUCUUCCAAAUGGGACUGCUUGGAUUCCCAAUUUAGUCAAAACAAUCACUGAUGUUGUUUCAAAUGGAAGCAAGGGUAUCUUGGUUGACAAAAAGUUGAUUGAAGGGCCAAACCCAAAUGAACGAGGGAAGUUUCUGAUUCCUUUUAUUUUGGCAUUCCAAUAUUUCUUUGUCGUGAAACGGAUCCAACGAUGGAUCCAGUAUGAUAUUGCAAUGGAGGAUAUACCUGCAUGGGAGAAGCGGGACAUGGCUGUGGCUAGCCGCAAGUUCUGACUUAUGAUAUGGCAUUUCUCAUCAUUUGUGAAAAUUUUGAAUGUUUGGCGUAGUUCCUCUCUCCGGAGUCAUCUCUUUGUUGUUUCUGAUUUCAUCUUCGUAGUAAUUUUCAGUUGCAGAAGUAUUAUGUGGCAAUUCGAUCCAUUUAGUGUUUUUGAGGGUACCAAUUCCUGUGUAUUGAACAUUUCUCCUUUUGGAUAAUUGAUUUUCCCUUUAUUUA